GAGAGUUGCUGUCGUCUUCACUGAUCUCCUAAGAGUGGUCGUUUUUUGCUGAGAGGUCUUCCACAGUCAUGUUGAGAGCCAGGGAACAGGGCUCUUUGGCCGUGCUGGCUUCCACCCUUCUUUUGGGAUGCGGCGUUGCGUUUUCCCUCGGACAGAAUGACACAGAACCGGUAGUUUUGGAAGGAAAAUGUUUAGUAGUAUGUGACUCGAACCCGUCCGCCGAAGGAGGAGUGACCUCGUCGUUUGGGAUAUCUGUCCGGGCUGCUGGUGCUAAAGUGGCCUUUUCUGCUGUCAGAGGAACUAACCAUGAACCAUCUGAAAUGAGUAACAAGUCCAUGACCAUCUACUUUGAUCAGGUACUAGUGAAUAUUGGAAAUCAUUUCGAUCUUAAGGCGAGUGUAUUUCAAGCUCCUCGUCGAGGCAUUUACAGCUUCAGCUUUCACGUUGUGAAGGUCUACAACCGACAGACAAUCCAGGUCAAUCUGAUGCAUAAUGAAUACCCAAUAAUAUCUGCGUUUGCCGGCGAUCAAGACGUGACCCGGGAGGCAGCGAGUAACAGUGUUCUUCUUCACCUAGAGCGUGAAGACAGACUCUAUCUCAAACUAGAGAGAGGGAACCUCAUGGGUGGGUGGAAGUACUCCACAUUCUCUGGCUUCCUUGUUUUCCCUCUCUGAUUGAAUAUAGACCUCUUUAAAUGGCCCAGACUGAAGACCAAGGGACAUUUCCAUAUCUGCUUUCAAAAAUAAAGGUAGCAGAGAGAACAUGAAAUGCAUUCUAGUUUAUUUUAUUUAUUGUUAGGAUCUGAAGAAAUGUAAUGACUUUCUAUGUGUGUGUGUUUAACUAUUUUUGAAAUUUAAAAGCAAGUAGGAUAGUAACAGUAUUGUCUGCGUAUUGCUUUGGAAAAGAGCGGUAUGUUAUUGUCAAUGACAUUUUUGCAUUCAAGAGCAUAUUUUGCACGAAUUGUGUUUUGUAAUGUGCUCGUCAUUGUAUUUUUUGUAGCCCUUAUAAAUUUGAUGUUCAACAUGAACAGAGUACAAGUACAAAAACAGCUAUUUCUCUUAAAUUUCUCUUGUUGUUUGGCUUAAUGCAUAGAUAAGCAAUGAUAUCUUGCAUUUUAUAUUACUUGAAUGUAUAUAUAUAUCAUAAAACAAGGAAUGUAUUUAAAAAACGAAUUUAGGACUUGAAAGUUUUAUUUUGAAAAAAGGCAACAAGUCAUUAAAGAGAGAGUGGAGGAAAGAAGAAAUCAACGCUGUCCGUGGUGCUGAAAACAGAUGUCCGUCAAAAACUGCAAUCUUGUCCAGUGAAAUAUGAAUGAUUUAUUUAAUUAUUACUUAGAAACAUGCAGUGCAACAUUUAUCAGUUACAUUUGGUUUGAAUACAAACAGUACGUCACCAUUUGAGAACAGCAUACCUUCAAUGGCUACCAGGUAGACUAGAUCUACAGAUUCAAGUGUUGAUUUUAUAAUCUUAAAAGUUGCAUUUAAGAUUACCAAGACUGUAAACAUAUUUAUAAAAAUCUUAAGACAUAUCUGAUUAAGUCCAUCAACGGGAAAGCAACACCCACCUACGGAGAUCAACAAGAAAGAUAUAGACACCAUGCAGAUUUGUUGUCUCUUUAUUAAGGGCAGGGCAAUGGCAUGUAUUUCAAGAGUCUGUCUUAUGCAACAGUGAACUUUAAAGAUUUAACAUUUAUAGAUUUAUAUGUAUUUCAAAGCAUGGCUGGGAAAUGGGAUGGAAAUUAGGUAAUUUAUUACCAAGGGCACAAUUAAAAUCUGUGAAGACAGCAAUUUUUGGAGGAGAAAUGCAAAUGUGAUGAGGUAUGAGAAUGAUGUGGGCGUUAAGUGUUAAACAGUGAAAUAUUCCUUCCAAGAUUGGAGCUUAAAAAGACACUUGCACAUAUUUUCUCUGAUCAAGACCGCCAUGUGUGAAAUGUUUCAGGGGGUAACGAGUGGUUAUGUUUGACCUCAUGAUCAGACCUUAAACAUUUAAAAAGUAAGAAAGAAAAAACAAUUUAUCUCUCUUGUCUGUCUUGGAACUGUCGUUUGAUUUGGCUUGGAAGUAAAAGGCAUUGCCCAAAGGAUGAAAGCUGUCUAAUGGAUCUAUCUGACCUUUUCUUUUUCAUAAAGAUGAUUAAGAAUGAAAGCAUGACUCAACAGCACAUGUCGCUGCUAGGUCACUAAACAUGACUUUGGUUUUGGGGGAAAAAAAUGCAGAAAAUGUUUUUAUGCAUAAUUCUUUCAUUUGUCCUUUAAGAACAUAAAUCUUGUUUCUAAAACAUACUGAAUUCUCAAUAUAUAUAUAUAUAUCUCACCUCCAACAGUCAUGCUUUAAUUACUGUAAUAAUUAUGUAGAAUAAAAUAUCAUGAUUUAAUAGACAGAGUGCAUGCUUUACUCAUGGCUUGUACUGGGUGCUGAAGAAUACUUUGUCUCUCAUUCAAUUGUUUAUGCCAUCACACUAGACAUGCCCAAUUAUGUGAACCAGA